AUGGCAAGCGAGAUCCUUUGCUUGGCCAACCAGCCUUUCCAUGUUUGGGGUAAUGUUGGGGAUCGGUAUCGGGACCUUUCCCGGCCUAAGCUUUUAAGUUCUCACGAGGCUGAACUUCAUUUACGUUUCACAAUAACACGUUGCUGUCCCGGCCCUACCCGUUCAACUUCAUCUUUACAUUUUCGACGAGGUGGACCUCUCCCUGCCAAUAUAUCAUGGUUCUUAUGCUCUCGAAUUCUAUCCCAGACCAGAUUCUGGGCCUCAGAUAAGCGAGCUUUGGCACGUGGACUGUCACAAAUAGACGGAGUGUCUCCGAUUGUCGCUCACUCGGAGUUCGGGCGGGCUUUGAUUGUCAUCUUUCUCCAGGGGUGGAGUGGAUCGAGUCCUGGAUGUCCCGACCCAGAAAGACAGUUGCACGUCUGA